CCUCGAAUUGCACGAUGCACAAUAAUUCCAGCAGCAGUACACAGCCACCACGGCUGAGGAAUCAUUCAUGACUCCCCAGCUCCAUCUCCAUAUCCACGUGUAGAUGUCUAUCUCGACCUCUCGCCCGCCCACUCACACUCUCCAAUUGCACAUCCACCGACAAACAUGGCAGACAUAUUAGCUGCGCUGGAAGAGCUUGAGGCCAAAGACCCCAAGACCAAGAAGAAGAACUUCAAGCCUACGAACACCAAACCCCAACGAGUAGGACGCACACCCGCUCGCCCAACCUCUCUCCCCCCUCAAUCCACGGACCGACCACAAACGGCAUCCAGUACCAACGACACCAACUUACUCUCCCCCAACGUCGAAGACAACGAUGGCCGCCUACGCUCCCCAUCCGUCGCCUCCGCCCGCCGAAUCUCCUUCGCCAGUACUCCCAGGCCGCCGCCCCUCCAACGACGGCUCCGAAUCCCCACUCGAACAGCCUCCCUCGCCUCCGGCUUCCCCUACGAUCCCAAGCUCGUCAAAUACAACAUCUCAGAGAAAGACUGGAAGACCUUCUCCGACCAGGUCGUCGAGGCAGCCGAGUUGCCUCGCGGCGCCUCCGUCCUCUGGCGAGUGCACAAGCGCGACGUGGUGAAGAGGAUCAAGAAGGAGCUGCAGUAUGACGGCGAUUUCAAGCGGCUAUUGAAUGCGUGGAACAAGAAGAACUUUAGGGUGAGGGGGUUUACGGUUAGUGUGGAGCUGCCUGGGCCGCCGAAGAUCAGGCCGGAGGAUACUGAAGAGGAGAAGGAGCUGGCGAGGAAGGAGGCGAAGAAGUUUAGGAUCUGUAUUACGCCGAAUGCAGAGAGGAGUGGGAGCGUAUAUUCGAGGAGCAGCAGCUUGACGAGGAGUGUUACGGGAGAGGGGGCGAGUCUUCAUCGGAAGGAGUCCCCGACGGGCUCGGAGGGGUCUGCGAAAAACGAGGAUAAUGAAUAACAUUUAUGGAAGGGGGAAGGCUUGGCUGAGGUUUAACGACUUUAUGAUUUUGUUUACGGUUGGGUAUUCGAUCGGCGAGGGAGGAUACGUCCUCGCCUUCAGCAAGGCUAAGGUUAUGGCGGUAUGAUUUGAGUUCUCAAGUGGCGAUUGCUUCAGUAUUUUUAAGAGGUGUGGUGGUUUUGGGGAAGGCUAGAAGGUUGUCAUUAGAGGGGAAGGGGUGGGAAGAACACGGAUGGGAGGUUCAAAAUGACAUUGUCCCCCUUGACGGCAAAGCGUGGAUGAGUAUAUAUGUAGCCUUGGUAGGCAGAGCCAUGCUCUUUCAAUAUGCCAUGAUUCCAGGGGCUCCAAAAUUCAACUCCUUAUUCCAGCAAUUCUGAUUGAUGUAAAACCCCUUGCUUGCAUGCCUCGUCUCAAGCCACAUUCCCAAAAUGUAGACGCCCAUA